AUUCGCAGUUCCACUGUCAAAAUAGAAACUUCGUAGAUUGUUUUUCUCUCGAAAUUAUGCGAAUUUUCCUAAAAAGUGCAAAUAUUUUUAGCUCCAGGGAAAACAUUCAUGGUCAAGUAGUGAGGGUGCCCACUUAUUGUUUUCCUUCCAAUUGAGUUUGACUGUGUUUUAAUUUGAGUGGAAGUUCAAGGUUUGGGAGGGAAUAUUUUCUGUUUGUGAAUACGCAAAAACCCAGUGUCCGGAAGUCAUGGAAGAUCAAUUUCCAGGCGAUUCUGACUAUCCAGGAGAGAUGCUGAAGCAGAAGUUGGUGAAUGAGUUUAUGGCUGAGACAGGAGCACCCCAGGUGGAUGCUCUGAGUUGUCUCAGUACCUGGAAUUGGGAUCUACAGAAAGCUCUGAUUGACUAUCGAGACACAUCCACGACAGAGUACCUCAGUGAGAAGAGAAUGGAGGAACCACCGGGAUUCUGGAGUACAGAAGACGCAGAGAAGCUUCUUCAAGGGGCCACAUCUAGUGAUAUCAGCCAAAACAAAAAGCUCGCCAGGCGAAUCUCAAAAGCCGAUGACAAUGUCAAUCUCGUGUCACAGGCUCGUGGGGAAUUUUCCCGGGAAUUUACCAAAGACGACUCAAAGAAACCAUGUGAACGUCUCGAUCCGGCUGAUUAUACCUUCUCCCUUCCUGACCUCUUUGUCUACCCGGACAAUUUCAGGCGCUUCCUCGAGAAGGAUUUGAUCGAGAACUCAACGCUAGUCGCCCUGGAGCAGGCUCAUAGGCUCAAUUGGUGGACCAAUCUCGAUGGAUGCACCAAAAUGUGGCCUCUAUCGACAACAGGCGAUGGGAAUUGCUUGUUGCAUGCCGCAUCGCUGGCCAUUUGGGGCUUCCAUGAUCGGAAGUUAUCCUUGCGAUCGGAACUGUUUCAUGUGAUGUCCUCUCCCACCCUUGGGGAGGCCUUUGAACGUCGCUGGCGCUUUCAGCAAACGCGAAUUAAUAAGAGUGCAGGAUUUGUGUUUUCUGAUGCCGAAUGGCGAAAAGAGUGGGAGGCAAUUGUUUUGAUGGCAUCACCAGAGCCACGUGAAGUGUCCACAGCGAGUAAUUUGAGGAGGUAUUCGUUUAUUGAUAGGGUAGAAGGGAAUGCAGCGGCUGUGUAUGAGAGUCUAGAGGAGAUUCAUGUGCUAGUGUUGGCUCAUGUGCUCCGGAGGACAAUUAUUGUGAUUGCAGAUACAGUUUUGAGGGAUUUAAAUGGAGAGGCAAUGGCUCCAAUACCCUUUGGGGGUAUCUAUAUGCCGUUAGAAGUGAAUCCGAAUGAGUGUCAGCGAGAACCGUUAGUUCUGGCAUACGAUAUGGCACACUUUUCGGCAUUGGUUAAAAUGGAUACCAAGGGUGAUAGAGGGCAUUUUCUUAUACCUCUCACUGACAAUAGUCAUUCACUGUUGCCGAUUCAGUUUGGAAUUGAUCCAGGAAGGGAUUUUGACUGGACUGGGUAUGAUGGGACGGAGGGAAAUUAUAGAUUGACGGAGCAGGAGAAGAUUGCUCUGUUGAGUGAAUAUAUGAAUGUGGCUACGGUGAGAAAUCAUGCAAGUUCCGAUGAUACAAUCUAUAGGGAUUGGAUUGAAGAGGAUGCAAUUGAGAAGGAGAUUAAUGAUAUUGAAUUAGCCAUCGAUGAGACUGAUCAGCCAAAGAUGGAAUCCUCCAUGGGAAAGGAGAGAAAUCCUCCGGGGAAACAGCUACAGAGUGUAGCAAAACAAUUUGGUAGCAUUGGAAAAAAUAUGAGUAAGAAGAUUAAGAAGAAUAUUGAGAGUAUCACAAAAAUGGGUAAUAAAUCAGCAGCCAAAAAGUAUCCGGUGAAUCUGGAUUUGCCCAAUGGGAUGAAUCGUGCCGUCCGAACAAGUAUCACUUGUGCCCAAAUUCGCGUAAAGCAUCAUGAAUUCUAUGAGGCAAUGAUCAAGAAUUACCUUGAAUGUGCCCAAGAGAGAUUUAUUGAAUUGGAUGCCAAGGAAGAGCCCAAAAAUGGGCCAGAAAUUAAUGGGGAUUUCUUGGUGAAUUGCGUCUCUGAAGGCUGUGUCAAAUUCGGAACAGUUGAUACGAGCUACCUCUGUCCAGAAUGCUACGAGAGUCAGAAACAACGUGAAGUCAAUGCAACCUUCUAUGAUCAAGUGCCACGAUAUGGAACGGGAAAUUCAAAGUUCUAUACACAAGCAGAUAUGGAGAGUCAUAGGAAAAUCACGAGAAUCCCUUCGGUGAAGCGUCUCAAUGAACUAGAUCAGACUCUCUAUCUCUCAAAUUCAACUUUCUACAAUGACAAAUUAGCACCCAGUGAUCCGGAUUUGUAUCUCAAAUCCCGAGAAGAAGAUCUACGUGGGAAGACACAGGCUAUUCUAGUGGCCAAAGAAAAUCGCAGGCAAAACAUAACCUCAAUCUACGACAAUCUCUGUCCAGAUGAAUGCUCCUUCCAGUCCAACUACUGUACCAAAUGCACGGAUUUGCGUCAUCGAACGAAAGAAAUACCCGACAUAUCGCUGUAAGUUCCCUCAGAUUUUUCCUCUAAUAUCUUCUUUUUUUUUUUACUUUUUCCCUCAAUGAAAACAAAAAAAAACAAAAAACAUGUUGCAAAUUAUUAGGAAAUGAUUUUUUGCUGAGUUGAAAAAAAAUCUUCACAGAGAAAUUGCCAGAGUUGGCGACUCUUAUGCUCCAGGUGACUGGAGAAAACAGGUUGUGCACUUAGCAAUUACCACUUUCAUUGUCCUGAUGAACUUUGAAAUUAAACACGAUGGUAUCAUUAGAAGGAAUUUGCACACAGUAACAGUGAAAAGCGAAAAUGAAUUUGAAAAGCAGAUUAGAGCCCAGUGAGCAUCAAAUGGUACCGGAUUUCAAUUUAGCUGAAAGCAUAUGUAUUUUCAGCUGAAACAGAGCAGUGCAUCAGAACUGCUGAUCAGUCAGCAUAUUUUUGCUAAUCGAUUAAGCAAAAAUAUGCUGAAAAUCUGCAUUUUUCAGCUAACUGUGCUCUCUGGGAGGUAUCAGAAAGAAUUCAAAUUCUAGUUAUUUUUGAAUUUUGAAACCGAAAUUUGAGAAAUGAAAUUUGAAAGCCUCUCGUGGACAAUAGACGAAGCUCUUAUGUUUCGAGAACUCAAUCAUGCCCAAGAUAUACACAAAAAAUUCCAUUGAAAUAAGUAAAAUAUUCUAAAAAAAAAACACUGCAACAUUUAGAAUAAAUAACUAAAAAAAAAGCAGAAAACUAAAGCAAUGCACAACGAACUCAUUUUUCCAUUGACUUUUCGUCAUUUUGACAACAAUCGAUGACUUCAUUUUGCCCAUCAAAUCAUUGCUCUACCUGCCGAUUUUACUCGGAGGUUUUUUGAAUUGUAACGGUAUAUUCUAGUACAUUUAGAGAAAUUCUGUAGAUUUUCGGCAGAAUUUCUGUCUAGAAAAUCUGUAGAUUUUCGGCAGAAUUUCUGCCUAGAAAAUCUGUAGAUUUUCGGCAGAAAUUCUGCCGAAAAUCUGCAGAAUCUCUGCAGAAUUUCUGCAAUGGAAAUCUUUAUAGUCUCCAUUGUCUCCACAAAAAUAUUGUUGAUUUAUCAAGAAACUGUUGAAGUUACAAAGAAAAUGGUAUGUUCUGCCUAAGAAGAAUUACCGAUUAAACAUUUUAGAUAACUAAAAAGAUGCGAGCAAAAAUACAAAUUUCUUAAAAAUCGCACAUGGAAUGAUACAAAAACACGAAAUUUAGGUCGACACUCUGCUUAAAGUUUUCACUUCACUAUUCUCUACUUAUAACACGGCCUCGCAGAAUUCUUUGUUUUAUAUACAGUAGACUCUCACUCAAUCGGCUCUUUAUCAAUCGGGCGACAAAUUUUGUUGACAAUUUUCACGUUUAAUUAUGAGGCUAAUUCGCUCAAAUUUGCUGUAGUUCUUCCUAUUUUAUCGUGAUUCUUUAUAAUUGAGCGCUUUUUGUGGAAUUUACAAAGGUUUUGACGCUCAAUUCAAUCGCUAAACCGGAUGACAUUUUGCCCCAUAUUCCCAAUUGAGAGAGAGUCUACUGUAAACACUGUGAUAUCACCAAGAAUAACUCUAUUGAAUUGUGCAAACUUCAGUAAAAAAUAUUCCAUCUUUUCAGACACAACUGUCUGGAAAGUCUGGAAUGUAGAAAAAAUCUACAGAAAAUCGGCAAAAUAUCCACAGAAAUUCAUCAAAUUAUGCAACAAGAUUCGUCAGAAAAUUGCUAGAAUAUCUACAGAUUUAUCGGCAGAUUUUCGGCACAGGUGUAAAUAUUUUCUCCAGAAAUCUUAAAGAUAUUUGACUAAAUUAUCUAACAUAUCUUUCAUAUUAAGAAAUGAAUCGGUUCAACAAAAUCGGUGAUAUAGGCAUUCAAGUAUCAUAAAACAACAAAAAACGGUUUUGCCUAUAUUCCAGGCGCAAAAACAAAAUGAAAUCAAUAUGAAAAGUAUUUUUGUAAAUGAUUUGACACAAGCAAUAGAAAAAAUAGCAUGAGAACUCACACAGUAUAAAAUUUUCAGCUACUUUACCAUGAUUUUCAUUGUAAAUUUUAUAUAAACAUCUUGAUAAACAUGUAAUCUUGUGUCCUGAUACACAUUUGUGUAAUUUUUACACAAUUCGUCCGAAAACUGUGUAAUUUGUACACAUUUUGUCUGAAAACUGUGUAAUUUGUACAUAUUUUGUCUGAAAACUAUCUAAUUUUACACGAAAUAUGUUGAAAAAUGUACGCAACUGUGUAAUCAUUCAUAGUUGGUUACACAGUUUACCAUUACAUAAAAUUUAAUUUACACAUUUUCAGAUUACGCGUUUUGCUCAAAUACCUAUUUGGGUUACUUUAAAAGAAUAAUUAUGGUAAGCCUCAAUUAAUUCGGCCACCAUCUCAUUUGACCACGAAAUCCUAGAAGUUUAUGAAGGAAUUAUAAAAUGUAGAUCGAACACAUUUUUGUUUAGCUUUUUUCUUAUUUAUCCUCUUCACCGAUCUUUUUCAAGGUCUUUUGUCCUUUCUCCAUCUUGUGCGCGAUAAAUAAUAGGUAUUCGCACUAUUUUUUAUCACAAUUUAAUCACUAACAAAUUGAUGAGAAAAUUGUGGCGCAGAAACUACCCGAAUGACUGCAAUAAUGUAGUGCCUGAUGAAAAUUUAAUGAGCAAAUUUUACUCAUAAAUUUGCUCAAUUCUCAUUAAUUUGCUCAUUAAUUAUCAAUCGUAUUUAUCCUAUUUUAAUCUAUUUAAACCAAUUUUUGUGACUCGAGUCCACUUUUUAUCACUAAAUGAAUCGAUUUCUAGGAUUUCUAAAAGCUCUUGACGAAAAUCGCACAUUAGGACACAUAUCAGCAACAAUUAAUGUGAAUCACAUUAAAAUUUUAAUGUGAAAAUCUCUAGUGUGAUACCACGGUUACAUUAUGAAAAAAAACUAAAUUGGAACAGACUCAUUGUCAAUUCUAUUCCAGUUAUCAUCUUAUAGAGGGCAAUGUAGGCAUGAUUAGCACACAGUGAUCCUUCAAACGCUGCGAAUUUUUUCUUUGUUUGCAAAGGACUGAUUCGUCUUUUAUCUUACCUUGUCUCAUGAGGUUUAUGAAUACCCAUCUUAUGGCUAAGAAAUGAAGAAGAAACUCUUGGCAAAUAAGAUGAAAAUUCGGAUCCUUUGAAGGUUUACUGAGUGCGAUUCAUGUCUACAUACCCUUACGUGUAAUUCCUAAUUCAAUUAGGAAUUUCUAAAAGUAACAGAAUUUUGAAAAAAAAACAACAUAUUACGCUUCCAAUGCAAACACUUUACCAUUCUGUUUGUGUAGUUUUCACAGUCGGAAUGUUUAAAUAUGGUGUGAGAGCAUUAAUCAAAGAAAUUUGCAGGAAUUGCGGAGUGCAUAUGAAAUUUAGCAAAAGUAUUAAGUAUUCUCUUAUGAGGAAAUUUAUUUGGGGCAAAGUGGUAUGAGAUGAACAGGGAAAUUUAUGUUAAAUUUAUACGUGGUAGAGAGAGAGAGAGAGAAAAAAAUUAUUAACAAGGAGUAAAAUAUUUGAGAGAGGAGCUAAUUGACGAAAUAUUUAAAUUUUUUUUGUCCAGUUUUUGCUCCAUUUUUGGCCCAGAGAGAGCUAUUUUGACCAAUUAAUUAUGGGGUUGUGUAGUAGCGUGCUGUAUUAUUCCCUAUAAUGGGGCCCUGGAGGGGGAAAGGGAUGAUACUUGGCGAUGUGCUCAAUUUGAUUUGAUUGAUGAUGGGAGGAAAAGGUGAUGUUAGGUGUGAAAAAUUGCACAAUAAUUAAAUUGUUUGCCAAACUUUUUAGUCUUUUUUAAUCCAUUGGAAAUACGCUGUAGAGAUGAGUAAAAUGAUGAAAAUUUUCAGGUUUAUUUGAUAUAAAAGGGAUUUUCCUCUUUGUUUUAUAGUUUUAUGAACUGAAAGAGAUACUCUUUUAUAAAAGUUUUUUAAUGACAAAAUUCACACUUUCCACUUAUUUACUUGUUCAGCACGAAAGACGGAGUUACUUUUUGGGUCGAUAAAUCAGACCUUUUAAGCUGUGUGAAUUGCAAGAAAAAAAAGACGCUAAUAAUACUAUCUGAGCUCAGAGUUUCUUGUCAAAGUAAGAUUAAACAAUGGAAUUUGAGGUGAAAGAGCAAAACAUGUCAAGUCACUGCAAUUUUUCCACUUUUCCCGGGCAAUAUUCCUUCCAUUCUUGUUUCCGGAAGAGGGAAAUAGCAUGAAAAGGGGGAGGGAAAAAGGGCAAGAAGCCCUAUGAAGAAUUGAAGUUAAUGGUGGGCGUGAGAGUUAAGGAAGAGAAUAUGCCAAAAUAUGGAAGAAAAAGAAAAGUUGAGAUGGGGAGAAGAGGAAAGGAAUUAUUAAGAGCGCGACAUUAUCAUAUUUGAAUAUUUAUCAGUUGUGGAGAAAAUUCCAUUGAUUCAAAUUCACUCAUAAAAUACAUUUUUUGAGAGGGCAGACGCGAGGGGAGGUUAUACAGGAGAAAUAAACUAGGAAGAUAUAUUGAGAAACAUUCUCCAAGAUGAAAAGUUCCUAUUAAAUUGACGUAAGAAAAAGUGCCAUACAUUUAAAAAAAAAAGCGAUAUAAUUGAAAUUGAGAUGAAAAUGAGCUUUUUAAAGUCAAAGAAAGAAAA